UCCAAUCUCCUCUCGUUUCUGAGUUGCCCGGAGUUUCUUCUUCAGCUGAGACCUGACUCCUGAGAGUGUGAGAACUGAGAAAGUGAGAAGAGUGGCCACGCCACACUUAUCCACCCACCCACCACUGUAAAACCCUAGCUCUAUCCUCAAAACUGGUUUUUAGGUCUGUUAAAAGUAAAUGGCAUCAACUAUUGCCACCAUAUCUUCUGUUGGUUCCCUAGCGGCUGCAGGCAACCGUGCAGUGGAUAAGAAACUUUCCAGCUCUUUGGAAAAAUUAUCUUCUUUUGCCUCCAUUUCUUCGAGUUCCCUUGGUGGAAGGAGACAGAAUGUGAUCCUUUCAAGAAGAUCCCCUAAGAUAAUGGCUAUGGCUAAGGAGUUGUAUUUCAACAAGGAUGGAUCGGCCAUUAAGAAACUGCAAACGGGUGUAAACAAGCUUGCAGACCUAGUUGGUGUCACCCUUGGUCCGAAGGGGAGGAAUGUUGUCCUGGAGAGCAAAUAUGGCUCCCCCAAAAUUGUUAAUGAUGGUGUUACUGUGGCUAGGGAGGUUGAGCUAGAGGAUCCUGUUGAGAAUAUUGGAGCUAAGUUGGUGAGGCAAGCUGCUGCAAAGACCAAUGACUUGGCUGGUGAUGGGACAACAACAUCUGUUGUUCUUGCUCAAGGUCUGAUUGCUGAAGGUGUAAAGGUUGUGGCAGCCGGUGCCAACCCUGUUCAAAUUACUCGAGGUAUAGAGAAGACCGCCAAAGCUCUAGUUGCUGAGCUCAAAUUAAUGUCAAAAGAGGUCGAAGACAGUGAACUAGCAGAUGUAGCAGCAGUUAGUGCUGGGAAUAACUAUGAAGUAGGAAAUAUGAUUGCUGAGGCUAUGAGUAAAGUGGGCAGGAAGGGUGUUGUCACUCUUGAAGAAGGGAAAAGUGCAGAGAACAGCCUCUAUGUUGUGGAAGGAAUGCAAUUUGACCGUGGCUACAUCUCCCCCUACUUUGUCACAGACAGUGAGAAAAUGGCAGUUGAAUAUGAAAACUGCAAGUUGCUUCUUGUUGACAAGAAGAUCACAAAUGCAAGGGAUCUCAUCAAUGUUUUGGAGGAUGCUAUAAGAGGGGGAUACCCAAUCUUGAUAAUUGCUGAAGAUAUUGAACAGGAAGCUCUUGCAACUCUUGUUGUGAACAAGCUCAGGGGAUCAUUGAAGAUUGCUGCACUGAAAGCUCCUGGAUUUGGAGAACGCAAGAGUCAAUACCUUGAUGAUAUUGCUAUUCUUACUGGAGCAACUGUAAUUAGAGAUGAGGUUGGUCUGGCUCUGGACAAAGCUGAAAAGGAGGUCUUGGGCCAUGCUGCCAAGGUUGUGCUUACCAAGGAUGCCACUACAAUUGUUGGUGAUGGCAGUACACAGGAAGCAGUAAAUAAGCGAGUUGCUCAGAUCCAGAACCUAAUUGAGGCUGCAGAACAAGACUAUGAGAAAGAAAAGCUUAACGAGAGAAUUGCGAAACUCUCAGGUGGUGUUGCUGUCAUUCAGGUUGGGGCGCAAACGGAAACUGAAUUAAAGGAGAAAAAAUUAAGAGUAGAAGAUGCUCUUAAUGCAACAAAGGCAGCUGUUGAGGAAGGCAUUGUAGUUGGUGGUGGGUGCACCCUGUUGAGGCUUGCAGCAAAGGUUGAUUCUAUAAAGGACACUCUUGAUGAUGAUGAGCAAAAGGUUGGGGCAGACAUUGUUAAAAGGGCUUUGAGCUACCCUCUGAAGUUGAUUGCCAAGAACGCUGGUGUCAAUGGAAGUGUGGUCAUUGAGAAGGUGCUGUCCAGUGACAAUCCGAAAUAUGGUUACAAUGCUGCAACUGGGAAAUAUGAGGACUUGAUGGCAGCUGGAAUAAUCGAUCCUACCAAAGUUGUGAGAUGUUGCUUGGAGCAUGCAGCCUCUGUGGCAAGGACCUUCCUCACAUCGGAUGUUGUGGUGGUUGACAUCAAGGAGCCUGAGCCAAUGCCAGCUGGGAAUCCCAUGGACAAUUCAGGGUAUGGUUACUGAGAUGCGGAAUGAUGAUUAGAGAAGACUGAAUGAGAUCCACAGCCACAAUGGGUGGUUUGAGUACAUAAUCUUCUUGAAACCCAUUGUCAUUAUUGUUGUUGAUGGAAGGGAAAAAAUGGAUAGAGAAUAGUAGGAGCAAUGAAAUCCCAUAGAGAGCAGUUUGCUGGGGUCCGACAUGUCUUGACUGCAAUCGGCUGCAGUGACUAAUCAUCAUUGAGUCAAAUAUAAUGAGAAAUUUUGCUCUUUGGUUCAUUUUUUUAUUCCUUUUAAUUUUGAUUUGAUGGUUGGAUGUGAUUACAAGUUUACAAGACGUGCCUGCCGAUAAGGCUUGAUAGGUUACAUUUGCUAUUUUGACAAGAAUGGGUGGAAUGAGAAAAUAUUGCUAUGAAGCUAA